GCAAGGCUUCUUCCAUGGACGGAGGACCGGCACACUGGGACACCAAGCUCUAUGAUAAGUGGUAUGUGUGCAACAGAGAGAAGUUAUGCGAGUCACUUCAGGCCGUCUUUGUUCAGAGUUACCUCGAUCAAGGGACACAGAUCUUCCUAAACAACAGCAUUGAGAAAUCCGGCUGGCUGUUCAUCCAGUUAUAUCACUCUUUUGUGUCAUCUGUUUUUAGCCUGUUUAUGUCUAGAACGUCUAUCAAUGGGUUGCUAGGAAGAGGCUCAAUGUUUGUGUUUUCACCAGAUCAGUUCCAGAGACUACUUAAAAUUAAUCCGGAUUGGAAAACCCACAGACUGCUUGACUUAGGUGCUGGUGAUGGAGAAGUCACAAAAAUAAUGAGUCCUCAUUUUGAAGAAAUCUAUGCCACCGAGCUUUCAGAAACCAUGAUCUGGCAGCUGCAGAAGAAGAAGUACAGAGUGCUUGGUAUAAAUGAAUGGCAGAAUACAGGCUUCCAGUAUGACGUCAUCAGCUGCUUGAAUUUGCUGGACCGCUGCGAUCAGCCCCUGACUCUGUUAAAAGAUAUCCGAAGUGUCUUGGAGCCAACUAGAGGCAGGGUCAUCCUAGCUCUGGUUCUGCCCUUUCAUCCUUACGUGGAGAACGUAGGUGGCAAGUGGGAGAAGCCAUCAGAAAUUUUGGAAAUCAAGGGACAGAAUUGGGAAGAACAAGUGAACAGCUUGCCAGAAGUGUUCAGAAAAGCUGGCUUUGUCAUCGAAGCGUUCACCAGACUGCCCUACCUGUGCGAGGGCGACAUGUACAAUGACUACUACGUCCUGGACGACGCCGUCUUCGUCCUGAAGCCCGUGUGACCCCGCGGGCGCCCAGCUCUGCAGUGUGCACGCCCAGAACCUGCCCUCCGGAAGAGGGGCUGCGCGCAACCGGAAGCCCCGGAGGACCGUCGGUGCUGCCGUUCUCAAUACCAUGUAGGAAUUUUAAAAGCCAAAAUACUAAUUAUUUCUUUGUAGUGUGUAAAAGAAAUGUUUUUUUUUUAAAACAAAAACAACAAAACUCAACUCUUUGUGGAUUUUUAUCAGCUCUCAACUAGGGCCACCAUCCAAUGCAGGCCACACUCCAAUGAUGAUGGAAAAUAUUUUUUUAUACGGAAUUGCUGUAGGGACUCAUUCCCAGCAGAAGCAAUAGUCACUACUUCAUGGAGCCAACAGAUGGAUCGUUUUUAAUAAAAGGAAGACUGGCAAUAAAGCUGUCCAUUCAGUUCCAAAUGCUGGUUAUAAGGUAUAGCCACUGAGAAUAACUCAUGUUUAGAAACUCUUUCUGUUAUUAUUCAAGAAAAUGUUUUUAAUCAUGCUAAUAAACUUUUUUGGAGACGA